AUGUCUCCUAGGCAAAUAGUUUCUAAUGGGAGUACAGGGAAGUACAGGAACUCCUUCAUAGAUAUCCUUCGGGCUAUCCUACUGUCCUUGGAAGUGCUCAUUGAAGAUCAGGAGCUUCAGAUCAAUGGCUUCAUUCUAAUUAUAGAUUGGAGCAACUUCUCCUUCAAGCAAGCCUCCAAGCUUACACCGUCUAUCCUGAAACUGGCCAUUGAAGGGUUACAGGACAGCUUUCCUGCCCGUUUUGGAGGAGUUCACUUUGUCAACCAGCCCUGGUAUAUCCAUGCCCUGUACACACUAAUCAAACCGUUCCUCAAAGACAAGACGAGGUAAAGGAUCUUUCUUCAUGGUAACAACCUGAACAGCCUUCACCAGCUAAUACACCCUGAAUGCCUGCCCUCUGAAUUCGGGGGGACUCUUCCACCGUAUGACAUGGGGACAUGGGCUCGAACAUUACUUGGACCCGACUACAGCGACGAGAAUGAGUACACCCACACCUCCUACAACGCCAUGCACGUGAAGCACGCAUCCUCUAACCUGGAGCGGGAGGCCUCGCCCAAACCCAUGAAAAGGUCGCAGUCAGUGGUGGAAGCCGGCACGCUGAGACACGAAGAGCAGGGGGAAAGCGAGAACACCCAUAACAACUGCCACCAGCCAUCUGUCCGUGCGGCCAACGCUGAACAAAAACUGAGACAUUUCUAUUGA